AUGACUGCGGCUGUGGCCAUGCUGCUGGCGUUGGUGGUUGCCACCACGGUGGCCAGCACACAAGCACGCUCACCCAGCGCAAACGCACAAAACGAUCAGCUGUGCUCUGACGUGCACGGGACACUGGACAGCAUGGUGCGUGUGCUGGAAGUGCACGACGUGCCGUUCUUCCCCAAGCACGGUGCCAACAACAAGGGGAACAGCAGUCGCAAUGACACAACACCUGCAACUGGAAACACAAUGACACGCGAAGACAUGCUGCCCUCCUUCCUUGUGGACCUAUCCCCGAUUCACCGCAUGAUGGCCGCAUUUGGGUGUGGCGAUCGAAAUGGGGACGGUAGCAGGGAACUGGAGCUGCUUGAGAAUGGAGAACACAGGACACCUCCCGCUCCAUCAGGUACAAGGUCCACCAGCACGUACGUGGAGGAGAGGGUGAAUGCCAUCCGCCGCAACGAGACCAUGCUGCCCUUGCAACAACAGUCACAGUCGCAACACAGUCGUGUGCGACGGAAUGAUGACCCUGAAGUGCAGGCAGGGCAGUGCACGCUGGCGAGCGUGGUGGAUGGCACGUGCCCUGGCGUCGACAACCGUGGAAGGCUCACCAUCACCUUGCGCGAGGGUGACUACGUGGACGACAGCACGGAUGCAAGUGGGCUACGAGCCAUUUCCAGCAUCGUUGUCGACUUGACUGUGAAUGGGCACGUCGAACAAGCACCACUGCGGUGGAUUGUGAAAAAUGGCAAUUGGACGGUGUGCUAUACUGUUGUCUUGGAUGGUGUGCAAUACCCCAUAUUUCAGUUGAGCGAGCUCAACCCAAUGGCACGCGUGAACACGACUCGGAUCCGCGACAGCGUGCUGCUUCGGGAAGUGAGCACGAGCGGGUUUGCUCUCACACAUGAGCUCGUCAACUUUGGUUUGAGCAACAAUGCCCUCACAUCCGUUCCAGACGUUUCUGGCAUGACGUCGCUGAGGAUCCUCAACUUGUACAACAACCGCAUCCGUCGCAUCGCAAAGGACGUUUUCAAGGGCUUACCAGUCCUGCAGCAGCUGCUCCUGGGCGAGAACCGCAUUUCUGAGAUCGAGUCACGGGCGUUUGACGACCUCACUCAGUUGCAGGUACUCACCCUGUUUGCCAACGACCUCAGCGCCAUCCCCUCCAGCUUGUUCCAUCGUCUCACGAGCCUCACCACGUUGCAGCUACAGCAGAACCCUAUCACGCAACUUGAUGCCGACGUAUUCGCUGGGCUGACAAUGCUGGAUCACCUCAGCCUGGUGGACACGCUCCUCACCAGCUUACCAGCAACACUUUUACGAAACACCACCCGACUCACUCGCCUGGAAUUGGCGCGUACCUUCAUCACAACUCUUGAUGAGACAGUCUUCUCCGGCCUGUUGUGGCUGGACGUGCUGGACCUCUUCAACAACCGACUGACAUCGCUGCCACCGCGCGUGUUCAAGGACUUGACGGCGUUGACGUGGCUUGACUUGUUUUCAAAUGACAUCACUUCCUUACCUGGCACGCUGCUGGAGAAUUGCGCUCUUCUCCACGCGUUCUUCUGCAACAACAACCAAUUGACCGUCCUUCCAGCCAACCUGUUCGCCAACAACCCAGCGCUGCUUCAGGUUAACUUGGCCAACAACGCCCUUCGUUCCAUCGACACCGCCCUCGAAUCGGCACAGCUGUCUUCUUUGCAGUUCCUCGACUUGGAGAACAAUCAACUCACCAAGAUGCGUCUGUUUCGAGAAUUGCCCCGUCUUCAUUAUGUUGAUUUGAGCGACAACCCCAUGAAGGAGCUGCCAGAUGUCACACUCACGCCUGCCCUGGACACUCUCCGGCUUCAUAAUCACGAAAUCAAGCACAUGAAUUUAGCGCCGCUCCUCCGUCUGUCCAGCCUCACCAUACUUGAGCUUGAUGCUUCCCCGCAAGCACACUCCAGAGCAGUGUUGACGGACACCAACGUCGCCGACAUUGCGCCGCUGUCAACCCUCAGCCUUGAGAACGUCGAUAUCAGCACCGCUGUCCCAUCACUUGCUCACCUUCCGUCGCUCAGCCUACGCACGCUUCACUUGGGCUGGUCGGGCGCCAGCAGCGAUGAGCUUCCAAUCAGCACCAUGUGCGAGUUGUUUGCAAGCAACCUGCAUGAGCUCCGCAUUGCCAACACGGACUACCGAGUCAUCGAACUGUGCCCCGACAAGACGUUCGACUCGCUCCUUCUCAACGACAACCAGCACCUGCAAUCUGUCACCGUCCACAACCCGCUUCGUGAACUCAACGUGUCUGGCUGCACCCAGCUCACAUCCAUUGAUGCCCCUCCUGUUGAUAUUCUGGACAUCAGCAACACCAACUUCCCACCAACUGGUGCGCUGUGCACGCGGUGGGGCCGUCGCAUCCUCUUCGCACGCAACUUGGUCAGAGACAUCGAUACACGACAGGCUGUCACAACUGUACGCAACUGCCUUCGGCAAGUGGACGUGUUGGAUCUCUCUGGCAACACGUGGCUAAGUCAGCUGCCAGAGAUCAAUCGUGCGACAGAGAGAAUUAUUGUCUUGUCAGACGAAAAACACUUGUCCGCGGAUUUCUUCUUCCUUCCAAACCGCCCCACCCCUCCCAUCCUUCAGUUGACCGAUGCGCCGAUUGAAUGUGCGCUUCAGCUGUUCAAUCAGGAUUUGCGACCAGUGCGUGACAACUUCACAUUGACCCCUCAGAUUAUGUUCUCCUUCCACUGCACGUGUGCGCGCGGUUUCAAGAUGACGUCAGGUGGGCGGUGUGUGUUAGACGAGCCAGAUAUCGCCGGCAUUGCCGCUGCCUCCGUGAUUGGCGGCCUUGGCAUUGGCCUGCUCAUGGCGUGGCUGUCACGCCGCUACCGGGGCCUCACCAAGCGCAUUGGUCUGCAGGAGCAGCUGCUGGUGGAGCGAGACGAGGAGGUGAUGGCGCUGAAGAAGGCGUGGGAGAUUGAGUACAAUGAGCUGAGGAUGAUCAAGCGAGUGGCUGCGGGUGCCUUUGGCGUGGUGUUCAAGGCAGAGUGGGACACGGUGAUGGUGGCAGUCAAAGUGCUGCAGCAAGGGGUGAUGAUGUUCGACGAGAGCACGGUGCUUGAGUUUGAAAAGGAGGUGGAGUUUUUGCAGCGCACACGCCACCCCAACGUGGUGCGGUUCUUUGGCGCGGGCACCGACCCCAACGGCAGCCCGUUCCUGGUGCUGGAGUUUGUGGCCAUGGGAUCACUCAAAGAUCUGUUGGGCAAGGACAUGGAACAGGUGUUGAUGGAAGUGAGGAGCAGGAAGGUCGAGGAGAGCAGCAACGGCAGUGUCAGGGAUGAUGUGAACAGUGUGUUGGAUUUGAAGCUGCGGCUGCUUCGCGACGUCGCCAGUGGGAUGGCUUUUAUCCACAGCCUCGACCAGAUGCACCGAGACCUGAAGAGCGGCAACGUGCUUGUUUCAUCAUCGCUUCGUGCCAAGAUUACGGAUUUUGGAUCCAUCCGCCAGUGCUUCACACGUGACAGAAACCACCAGCAGCGCACUCGUCUGUCAUCCAGCCAAGAUGUUUUUGAUGAUCCCCAGUACAGCCAGCAGGCUGGCUUGCAGACCAUGACGAAUAUGACGCUGACGGCUGGCGUGGGCACGCCGCUGUACAUGGCGCCAGAGGCAUUGACGGGCGACAAGUACAGCUUUGAGGCGGACAUCUUCAGCUUUGGCGUGCUGAUGUGGGAGGUGGCGACACAGCGUGUGCCGGAUCUGAUCAAACAGGAAUGCGGCGAGGGGUUCAGCGGUCCCAUCUUGGCCACCCUUCGAACGUUGAUGGCAGAUGGGAAGCGGCUCAAGUUUGAAGACAGCGAGAGUAUCCCCGAGUGGUUCCAGUCGCUGGCGUACAAGUGCAUGGCGCAGAACCCGCGUGAGCGCCCGUCGUUUGGAGAAUUAAAGGACCACCACUUUGCUUGAAUGUGUUGGGGUUGAC